UAAUUCAGGAAACUGGCACAAAUGAUGCCAUUAGGUGUUUUCAAAGAAAAAUAAAAUAAUUAUUUUUAAAGUACAUUUAAGGGCUGUUAACAAAUUUUUUUUACCCACUUUGGACAGUUAUUUUCUGUGGUGAUGUAAAAACUAUUCAAGGUAUUCAUUAAAACGACUAAAUACAACAUUCAAUCAAAUUCAAUCAGAAUGACAUUCGAAUUAUGACAGUGACAGAUACAGUAAAUAUUUUCCAUUUUCAUGAAGAUUGUAUUUAUUAUCUCUGAAAAUGCAAAUUUAAGUAGUGUUUUUUAAGUAAUAACCCCGAUAUCAGAGAUAGGAAUUGUAAACACAUGAUUAAAUCUAUUACAUUUAGACGUCAGUAGCUGCAAGUUAAAAUAAUUUUACUACAUAGCUGUUUCGAUUCUGAAUUUCAAACGAAGAUGUCUGCUGUGAGAUCAUGCCCAGGGCUGUACUGUGGCCGUACACAGUUGGACAAUGGCUCCUGGAGCGACUGCGGGGCUUGUCCUCGAGGUUUUCGGACGAACGCGUCUAGUUACUGCGAGCCGUGUACAGAUGUACCGACGUUGUAUGAUUGGCAGUAUUUGGGGUUUAUGGUGCUGUUGCCGCUGGUGUUGCACUGGUUCUUUAUUGAUAUGGUGUCAAUAGGCAAAGGGAAGCAAGGCAUACUGGCUCAACACUUCUCAGCAUUCUUCGAGGUAGUGUCUGGCACGCUAGCGGCCUUGCUUGUCCUGCCGCCAACAGGCAGCUUGGAAUUACAUGUGUGUACCCCGACAGCACUGUCGGACUGGUACACAUUGCUGCAUAACCCACAGCCAGACUAUAAGGAGACAUUGCAUUGUACGCAGGAAGCUGUUUAUCCUUUGUACACAAUAAUAUUGCUGAUCUACGCAUUCAGCUUACUGAUGACGAUCACUAUAAGGCCAUGGUUGAUGACAUAUCAUCCGCCGAACCCUGGGAAGAAGGCCAUAUACUGUGCGCUCUACUUCUAUCCUAUAUUGGUCCUUAUUCAUACUGUCGCAGCUGGACUGAUCUAUUGUUCAUUCCCCUACAUAAUCAUAAUAAUAUCAAUGAUGACCUCAGCUUCCCACUUCUCCAUCAAGCUCGACCAAUCAGCGUCAGCCUUACUGCUGUCUUCCAUAGCCAAUCCCAGGAACCUAGUAAUCCUGAUCGGCCAUUGGUUGGUUCAUGCGUACGGCAUCAUAUCUCUCACUGGGUUGAAGGAUCUGUGGUAUCUGAACCUAGUGCCUGCGCCGGCGCUGUUUUAUAUACUUACGGCGCAGUUUACUGAUCCAAUGAAGAUACAUAAUGAUUGACGGUAUUGGAAAACUGUCUGGAAGUAAUGUGGGUUAGUGCUCAAUGGACUUCAGUUCAAUCAUUUGACAAUCGAAACUAAUUGUGAACUUUGUCGGAAGGCAACAAGGUUGAUAUUGGAUUGUAGCCGUGUGCGUCAGUUGACAUCUUUGACGGUCAAAGGGAAAGUAAACCAUCAGUAUCGUUUUAGUACUGGGAUACAUUAUUUCUAAGAGUAGAAGAUUUGCUUAAAUAAUUAGAUUGGCAAUGGUUUGCGAGCAUGUAUUUAAUUAAAUUGCGGCGUUUUGGUUUGAAUCCUCAUUUUUAGUUUCAAGGUUCUUUACUCAUUUUUUUCAAUAUUAAAAGGAAAAGGGACGAGCGCUUCUCCAUAAAAUUGUGGUUCCUAUUUUCCUCUCUGGAUAUUAACAUUUAUACAAAGACACAAUUUGAUGUCUAUUGAGUAUAGCUAUGCCCCUUUGUUUGACUUUUUCGAUGUUUUGAUUAUUAUAAGACAAAAACUAAUUCCAUAUUUUUUAUUAAUGCUCCUGACUCUUAUAAUAAUCAAAAAAUCUCAUCAAUCAAACGAAGGGGCAUAGCUGUGAUUGAUAUUCAUCAAGUUAUGCUAAAAUAUUUUCAAUAAUAUUAAUAUUCAGAGAGGAAAAUGGGGACUACGUUUGUAUGGAGAGGCGGUCGUCUAAUUUCGCCUUAAAUACAUUUUAUUUUUCAAACUGCUGCUUCUGAUCAUUCUGGAAAAGACUGAAGUUAUAUAGUUUCGAUUGUCAACAAUGUCAACUGACGAUAUAAGUGCAUAGAGUUUCGCUAGAUGGCGUUAUAACAAACGAAGUUCUAGCGUCAGAAUCAUCAGAUAUGUCGGGGCGGCUUAAAACGUUAAAGUGCAUGUUCAGAUAUUUCUUAGCAGUUUGGAUGGUCCGAUAUAUCUGAUGGCGCCUGUACAAGAUUGUAACAGUGUAAAGAGGAAAGCGCAUGAGUCGCAGAUACCGUCGGGAAGAAUGCGAGUUAUUAAGAAUUAGCAGUCUUUAGCAAUAUUUAGGUAUUUAGUUUUAUUCAUUGUUUAUUUUAAGUAUAAUUCUAGCAGUCUAAUAUGUAUUCGACUCUGAUUUAUGGUAAAAUUAGCUGAUGAUAUAGUUAUGUAUAUUACCACGCUAGUUAAUUAUUUAGGUUCAAAUAAAUAUUUCAACAUUUAAUAGUACAUUUAAACAUUUGAUGUGCUUACUAGCCAGUAACACAAUAUGUGUCAUAAGAUGUUAAGGUUAGUUCCCAAUUCUCCGUAUUUACUUAAGUACGUCACAAUCCGAAUACCUACACGAGAAUCCGACGAAAGAAUCCAGCGAAACAAGAAUCCGCCGAAUCGGGAACUAACAAAUAUUAAAACCAAAUCUUGUAAAUAAAACUUUAUUGUUUAUAAAA